GGCUCAGCGCCGGGCCGCCACUGGCUCCCGCGCUGCCCGCUGCCCCCGCCCCAGACCUGGGCGCCGCCGCCGCGGGCCAGGCCGGAGAAGCCCCUCCCCUCCACGGCGGAGCUGCGGGGACACAUCUUACUUUCAUCAGCACUGUUGAAAAAAGAAGAAAAAAUGCCAAUGCUGCCUCCUGAAAUCAAAUUUGAACCUUCUAAUGUCACCAGAAAUUCCCUUGACAGUUGUUUUCUUUUUGAGAGAAGUUGGAGGAAAGCAGUUUUAGAAACACAAAAGAUGAGGAAAGAAUACACCACAGCAUUUGGUCUAGAAGAAUUCAAAGAAUGUGUCAAAAUGCCAUAUUUACCAGGAUUGCCAAAUUGCCAGAAAAGUGUAAGUUCCACUCCGCUAGCGGUUCAUAAAAGACCCCUGCAUGCUGAUACCGAGAUGCCUCCUGUCAGCCAUUCUACUGAGAACAUGUCGGGUUGCCUACAAGUAUUUUAUUCUCCUCUGCAUAUUGAACAACGCCCUGUGAAAGAACAGUCUUGGCAAAGCAGGUUAAAGAAGACUAAGCCAACAUGUACUGUGGCACCACUUCAGGAGAAAUCAAAAGGAGUCUUAAGGCAUUCUAAUUCUCUUUCCAUCAAUUUUGGUUCUGCCUUCAGCGAUCCUCUCGCUGGAGCACCGUCUCAGUACUUACAGAGACUUUCUAAAAUGGCCAUUUUGGAGUAUGAUACCAUUCGUCAAGAAACAACCAGAAAAUUAAAAAAGAGCAAGAAACAAGAGGUUUGAGACUGCUGAUUAUCCUUUGGUGUGAUGCUUUCUUCACUGACUUUUAAGGCUUGGUGGCAGGCAUUUGGGAGAGUCUUCAGGAGCUAUGGUGCUGGUGACUGCUUAUUUCCAAGGCUGGCCAGCCUGAUCAGCAGAUAUGCUUGUCUUCUACUUGGCUUAAAAUCUGGCAAGUUGGGGCUUCCCUGGUGGUGCAGUGGUUGAGAAUCUGCCUGCCAAUGCAGGGGACACGGGCUCGAGCCCUGGUCUGGGAAGAUCCCACAUGCCGCGGAGCAACUGGGCCCGUGAGCCACAACUACUGAGCCUGCACGUCUAGAGCCUGUGCUCCGCAACAAGAGAGGCCGCGAUAGUGAGAGGCCCGCGCACCGCGAUGAAGAGUGGCCCCCGCUCGCCGCAACUAGAGAAAGCCCUCACACAGAAACGAAGACCCAACACAGCCAUAAAUAAAUAAAUAAAUAAAUAAAUAAAU